GCGGGGCCGGCGCGCGCGGCGGUUGAAGCGGCGCGUGGAGCCGGCGGCGGCCGCCGGGGUCGGGUCCGCCGCGCUCGGUAUGGGCCCGGCCGGGCUCCGCCGUGCCCGCGAGGAAGUUGGAUAAACGUUGGAUCUCCUCUCGACGAAAGCUGGCGGUGGUUUGCUCCAGAGCGGGCUCACCAGCAGCGUGGAGGGAGCAGAGUCAUAGCUGGAGUCCCUCUGGCUUUGAGAAGCAGAAUGAUUGUCUCGCAGCUCUGUUUUGAGGAGAGGGCAUAGAAGGUCUGCCACUGCACUUUCCUCAAGUACCAGUAAGACUUCUAGAGAUCCAGCAAAUCCUGAACAUUGCUCCUUGGGUAAUGUGAUCCUCUGCAGAGUAACUGUCUGAAUGCGAGACCCUUCUUCUACAAAAAUUCCCUGUUCCCAGGUGUAUAGUAAAAAUGGUGCAGAAAUACCAGUCCCCAGUUCGAGUCUACAAAUAUCCUUUUGAGCUCGUCAUGGCAGCAUAUGAGAAGCGCUUUCCUACAUGUCCAGAGAUCCCAGUCUUCCUGGGGAGUGAAAUCCUGCAUGAAUCCAGGAGUGAUGAUGGAGCUAUACAUAUCAUUGAACGGAGCUGCAAACUGAAUGUGGAUGCUCCCAGGCUGCUAAAGAAGAUUGCAGGGGUAGAGUAUGUUUUCUUCAUCCAGAAAAACACAGUGAACUGGAAAGAGCGAACUCUCCGCAUUGAAGCCCACAAUGAGACUUUUGCCAACCGUGUUGUUGUCCUUGAGACAUGUAGCUACUCGGUUCACCCUGAGAAUGAAGAGUGGACUUGCUUUGAACAGUCUGCGUCUCUUGACAUCAAGUCAUUUUUUGGCUUUGAAAGCACAGUGGAAAAAAUUGCCAUGAAGCAGUACACUUCAAACAUCAAGCGGGGCAAGGAAGUGAUUGAACACUAUCUGAAGGAGUUGAUCUCCCAAGGGAUCACAUUCAUCCCCCGCUGGACGCCUCCCCCAGUGUGCAGACAGAAGGAUGAGGGAGCCCCAGCUGUUGGACACGAUGCUGAUGACUUACCCCUUGAGUCUGGGACUCGUGGAACUACCAAAGAGCAAACUGGCAGCUCCUGCCCUCCAGCAGAAGCUGUCAGCCCUGAUGCUGACAAAUUGGAUGCUGAUUACAUUGAGCGAUAUCUGGGCCAACUGACUCCAAUGCAAGAGAGUUGUUUGAUCCGCCUUCGCCAGUGGCUUCAAGAAACGCACAAAGGCAAGAUCCCCAAAGACGAACAUAUCCUUCGAUUUCUGCGGGCUCGUGACUUCAACAUUGACAAAGCUCGAGAAAUGCUGUGUCAGUCACUGUCUUGGCGAAAGCAGUACCAGGUGGAUUAUAUCCUACAGUCAUGGAGGCCCCCAGCCCUCUUAGAUGAAUACUACACUGGAGGAUGGCAUUAUCAAGACAAAGAUGGACGACCACUCUACAUCCUUCGUCUCGGCCAGAUGGACACAAAAGGUUUGGUGAAAGCUCUGGGAGAGGAAUCACUGCUGCGACAUGUUCUGUCAAUUAAUGAGGAAGGACAAAAGAGAUGCGAGGAAAAUACCAACAUCUUUGGCCGCCCCAUCACAUCCUGGACAUGUCUGGUAGACUUGGAAGGGCUGAAUAUGCGGCAUCUCUGGAGGCCUGGAGUAAAGGCCCUGCUUCGGAUAAUUGAGGUUGUAGAGGACAACUACCCUGAAACUCUGGGGAGACUAUUGAUUGUGCGAGCACCCAGGGUUUUUCCUGUGCUCUGGACUCUGGUCAGUCCCUUUAUCAACGAGAACACAAGGCAGAAAUUCCUCAUUUACAGUGGGAAUAACUAUCAGGGUCCAGGAGGGCUGGUAGACUACGUGGACAAAGAUGUGAUCCCAGACUUCCUGGGAGGAGACUGCAUGUGUACUGUCCCAGAAGGUGGGCUUGUUCCUAAGUCACUUUAUCAAACAGAAGAAGAGCCAGAGAACUCGGAUCACAUCCGGUUAUGGACAGAAACUAUCUAUCAUUCUGCGAGUGUCCUCAGAGGAGCUCCACAUGAGAUAGUUGUGGAGAUUCUGGAAGGGGAAUCUGUCAUCACCUGGGACUUUGACAUUCUGAAGGGAGAUGUGGUGUUCAGCCUCUUUCACUCCAAACGUGCUCCUGAAACAAGUCAUAAAGAAGCCACGUUACCAAGUACCUCUGCUGCUGGGGACAAUAUGCAGCUAAUUGAUAAGACGUGGGUCCUUGGGGUGGAUUACAGCCGUAUGGAAUCUCCACUGGUUUGCCGGGAAGGAGAGAGCAUCCAGGGAUCUCAUGUGACUCGCUGGCCUGGCUUUUACAUUCUCCAGUGGAAAAUGCAUGGCCCUCUGCCCUGUUCUGGCACUAGCCUCCCUCGGGUGGAUGAUGUUCUUGCCUCUCUGCAAGUUUCCAGUCACAAGUGCAAGCUUAUAUACUACUAUGAGGUGCUUGCAUCCAAGGACUUCAGGGGAUCCAUGUCAAGCCUGGAAUCCUGCAACAGCGGCUUUUCCCAGCUGAGUGGAGCCACGACAUCUUCCAGCCAGUCCCAGAGCAGCUCCCAUCUUUCCAGAUAGCCAAGGCUACAGCAGCAAGGAAAAAUCGCUCGGGGCUUCCUGAUGCCCCCCCAGAGCUGCUCUGUGCACCAAACCAAAGAGCCUCCAGGGGCUGAGACUUGAGGUAGUCGUUCGUGUGACCACAGGUAGCAGCCAUUUGGACACAGAGCGGCCUCUGGGAGCUACUUUAAAUGUGAAAACUUGGAAUACAAAUGGCAGAUUUAGAAAUUUUGUAUCAGAUGCCUACUUCUCAGUAGGCUUUUCAACAAAUUGUGGGUUUUGGAUGAAUGUCAGUUUGCAUGAAUCCAUGUAUUACUCAACUUUAAAGGGCUCUUUCCAAUCAGUCCUUUUCCUAGGUGUGGUAGAGGAGACUGAUGUUGCCUUAUCUGUUUGAUCUGUAGGACUAGAUUAUUCAUGUGUAGCAAAACUAAUCUAGUUUUCUGGGUGCCCAGGGUACCAGUUACACAUCAGAAAGUAAAGUGGGCAUUUCAGGGGCAGGAACUUGAAGCAAACUGUAAAUACCUUUAUACAGAUAAGAUGUUUCAGAAAUCAGUUCCAGGUCAAACCUAAAACCUCUUCCUAUCUGACAGGAUGCUAUUAGGAAAUGUGUUGGAUUUUUUUAACCCGCUGAGACGCAAAAGUCAAAAUGGUUUUCGAGAAAGUGCAGGCAGAGAGUCUGCCUCCAGUAAGCAGCAUCUUUCUUAAAGAUAGACUAUUGUUCCUUUUUCCUCAGGUUUACAAGCAAUAAUGAGUAGAUCUGACCCAUCUCAUCAAAGUGGAUGGGAACUGAAUCAAAUUAUAAAGGGCUAAGAAAAGCAAUAUUUUAUUUCCUGAAGGCACAAAAUUUUAUGGCAGUAUUAUAGAACUUGCUUCUUUAAAACAAGAGCGAACUUGAAGAGAAAACUUAAAAAAAAAAAAAAAAAAAAAGCAUGUAUGUAUUUAAGCACUUACUGAAAAGUAUUUAUUCAAAUACUAGCUUAUUUUAAAUUAAUUUUUAACUUAUUUAUAAUUUCAGAAAUGACUAUUUAUUAAAUCCAGUCACCUUUUUUAAUGGGAUGAACUUUGUUUUAGAAAGGAGUUAACUGAUUGUCUUCAAUCCCAAAUCUUUCUACUUAGGUUCUAAUCUUUGUGAUUGCUGGGUGUUCUUGUGUAAAGGGCUGUAUCAUACAUAGCAUUUGCGGUAAGGGCUGUGUGUCAUCUUUUCCUGCAAGGUGAGGUUAGUCCAAUGCUUUUUAGACUCAAGGGAUGUUUCUUAGGAUUAAGAAGCAAGGAUUCUGUUCAGGAGUUAUAAGAAGAUGGUGCAUCUUCAGAACACACCAAAAAUACCCUGUUUGUCCAUGAUCUCCACUGAUUAUUCCACAGAGUAGAUGUGUAGCAAAGGUGCUAGUGAUCCAUUUAUCAGGUUGGGUAGCAAAGUUAUACAUGUUCUUGUCUAGGUGGCAACAAAAUGAGAAUAGAUGUCAGAUACUCAGUUGCCCUUGGGCAGUAGUUGCAGCUGGCAGACACACAGGACUUGCGAUGUGGACAGAUGUCUGCUUUUGGAUCCAGCUGUGCUGUGUGAAGACCUCAUCCCCACCAGCUGGAGGUUACCUCUGCACAGAUCUGCUGCCUACAGAAGGGUAUUGCAAGGGUACUGCCCCUGCAGUUGUUCAGGUUAUCCCAGCCAAGUAGCUCAUGUCAUGUAAUGUGGUGAAUGUGGUCUAUAAUGACUAAGUUUCCAGUUCCCCAGCUGGGGAGCAGCACAGACAGUUCUGGGCUUGGGGCAGGGGAAAGCACAGGUGGUGGUGGAAGUGUGGCGGCUUCCUCCAGCACAGCAACCCAUGUAUCCAUGGCCAUGCUUCUCAGUAAAGACUUGGGGUUUCUUUCCCUCUCACCAAGUUUUUACUAAGGUUGAUGGAAUCUGUGCAGCUGUGAACUACAGGCGUGUCGAGUAGUUCCUUCUAACCCUGCUUUUUUAAUUACUGGUUUUGAAGUACCACGCAUUGACAAAGGAGAAAAGAGCCCCAGUAUUUGGAACAAUGGGAGAUGAAGAACUUGAUGUGCUUAUAUAAGUUGCUUGUUGUUUUUUUUUUUUUAAAGGAUUGGAGCCAGGGAAAUUACUCUCCCACCUUGCAUCUCUCACUGUGAGAGCAGAACAGGUAACUUAGUUAUGCAGGUCCCAGGAAAGUUCUGAUUUCAGAGAAUUCUGCAGUUGUUCUGUGGACUUUACCGUUUCUCCCAGAUGAAUGAAACUUCUGUCUCUGGCAUGUCAGCAUAAUUGGAGUCUGAUAGAGAGGGCGAAAUACUACCUUUGCUCUGGAAAAUCAAGAGUUCCAGAAUUAAAAGUGCAUGUGUGUAUCACUUAUGUAAAAUCCUUUACCCCUAAUUAAUUCUGAUGCUAUUUAACAAACAUACAUACAUACAUAUAUAUAUAUAUAUAUAUAAAAAAAACACCCCACUUAUGCCUGUUUCUUUUCUGAGUUAAGAAAAGGUGGCCUGUCCACCUCUGUCAAGGCUGGUAAUUAAUGUCCAAUUCAGAAAAAUAGAUGACAUGUCCAAUUUAAAAAAUUAAUGUCCAAAUUAGAAAAAAUUAGAUGACAUGUCCAGUUAAAAAAUAGAUGACAUGUCAUGAAUCAGUCCCAUACAUCCCCACAUACUAUCAUUUAUAUUCAAAAAAGGUCCUUCCAAUUAAUUACCCCAGGGGACUAGCAGUAACCCUAAUUGUCGUGAAGGAGUUAGUUUUACCCUCGAUGUAAGAUAGAAAAGAUAAAGACUUUAUUGAAAAGUUCAUUAAGCAAUAGAAUUAUAAUUGCUACUACAAUCAUACAUUAAGAUCUUACAGUAGUUCAUGUUUGACUCGCAAAUAUAUGCACAAUAGCUACUGAAGUAAAUAAUGCCCUAUUUGAUAAACAACACGCAGCCUUUUCUUCUCGGGAACUAGAGAGUCCUAAAGCUGUUAGUACUUUGUAAUUGCCUUGAUACCAUUUUCCACAUGCUCCCAAAGGAGAUCUCUAUUAAAUCUAAUAAUCAUAUCAAAUUCAAGAAUUGAUGAAUGCUCUUUAAGGUGAUGAUAUUUUCUUACUUUUUCUGCCACCGCAUCCACCAAUGAUGUUGGUUUACUCUCAUAUCUAAUUGUAAUAUCUACAGCUAAGGCCUGAUUUCCCUUAACAAAUACUAAAUCAGGUUUAUAUAAUUGAUUUUGUUCAUGUUUUAACAAUGGCUCUUGAAAUACCAUUCAAUCUUUCUUUUUAGCUUCCUGCGCCAAUAUUUCGCAUAGUUGUUUAUGUCUCUUUAUCCUGGCAUCUUGUACCACGGGACAGUAUCCAAUGAUAUGUGAACAGGUUUCAUUCUCUGCUUGACAAUGCCAACAUGAUUUAAUUUGGGACUCUUGUCUUCCUCUUGCCAAAAAUUCUUUUGUAGGGUAGAUGUUUGUUCUCAGCUGUAAUGCUGUGAUGAGUUUUCUAUGGGGAAUGCCUCUGUAAUAUUCAAUCCAGUUGUUGCUGAUUUUAUCCUUCUCAAAGUUGGAAACCCCCCGGCCCUGGGAGACCAGCUAGGUCCAAUUCACAAAUUCUUGGUUUUGCCAGUAACAGGGUUUCGGAAAGAUAGUUUUUGGAGCAGGUAUCUCCCAUUCUGAAGAUGGUUCUUCAUUGCCCAACUCCUCUGAUAUCACCAUAACCGCCCUUGGGUCCCAAAUGAUGGAAUUUUAUCCUUAUCUCUUCCAGCUGUAAUCCAUAGUCUUUCAAAUUCUCUCUCAAUUCCCUCUUGUCUCACAAUUGCUCUUGUUGUAUCAUCCGAAGAUUGAGCAAUUCUAUGCAGUCUUCAGGCUUGUACACUAGGGAUCAAUCCCAAGAGUCUGGUAAUACCUAGGCCUGCAUCCCGAGUACUGGAAUACAGGAUGGUGUCACAGGUACUUGCUGGUAGAUGUAACCAUCCCGUGACAGCCGUUCGAAUUGUCAGGUCAGGUGUUUCCAGGUAUGUUACUUUUACAUCAGCAUGGUCUGCUAGGUAGAUCAAUCGUGGGAUAGUAUAUCCCUUCGAGAUGUCCACCUUCAGAAAUGGUUUCAAAGAGGACUUUCCAUUGUAACCAAUCCUUUAUUUUCUCUGGUAGUUCUGGUUUCGAUAUUCCAGUCUGUGGGUCUAUGCAUAGGCCCAAGUACUUUUCAGAGCUACCAGGUUCAAUUUUGUUGAGGGGGCUGCCAUUAAUUAGCCAUGGAGGACAGUCAUUGAUCAUACACGAGUCUCUAGUAGGUUGGAUGUAGAAACCAUGGCAUUUUUCCCCCUGUGUCUUGAGACCUGUUAGAUCGCAAAAGACCUCUAAAAUUUUGAUAUUCUGCGUGCUGUCCCAUGAUCCACUCAGCAGUACUAGGUCAUCUGCAAAAGCCAUGGCUGUUAUAUGUUUUGAGCAGUGUUGGAAUCCAUUUCCCUCUUCCUCAAAUUUACACAGUAAGAGGUCCACAGAUAAGGUGAAUUAAUUCUGAUGCUAAUUAACAAAGUGUUACAGAGGCUCACACAAUCAAAUCCAACAGGUGUUAAAACUCAGAUUUAUUAUUCAGUAAAAAGUUAGUUAGAACUCUGAUAACAUUUGUGAACCACAGGUUCAAUGAUGUAAGGGGAAUCAGUACUACACAGCUGACUUAAGAAUUCUUAAGAUUUAAAAUGAUGACUCAAAAUGCACAUAUCACUCACCUAAAAGAUGAGGGCGCUCAACCUGCAGGAGUUACCUAGGGCAGCGUCCCAACCCAAGGGGGAGUCCCCAACUGCAGACCUGCUGCUCCGAGGAGGACUGAGUCAAAAUGUCCUCUGGCGGGACCCUGUUUAUACCCUUGUUGAAUCUGACCUGUGGUCAUUUUACUCCCUAUUGGCCAAAAGGUCAACACCUCAGUGUACCUGGUGCAUCUCAAUUGGUCAGUUUCAGGUCAAUUUUCAACCUGUGGCCUCUCGGGUUUGGGGUUUUUUUUCUUCUCCCUGCCUGGAGAAGUUUCGUUUCCUGUCGGGGCGGGGGGGUGUGUGUACCUGCCACACAAACACAUAUAAAUUAUACAUAUUUCUUUACCAAGUUAAGUAAAGGUGGCCUGUCCACCUAUGUCAAAACUGGUAAUGAUAUUCCAAAUUAGUAAAAUGUUGACAUUUCCAAUUGAUCUUUUGUCCAAAUUUAGAGUAAGUGAUAUGACAUGACCACAAGUUCCUUAUUACUCUCCCAACCUUUCCAGUGCCAAGGUUGAUCCUUCCAAGAUUUUACCCAGGGACUUCCCUAUCUCUAAACAUCGUGAGUCAAGUUAGCAAUACCCCUGAUGAUGUAGCAGGCAGGGUAGGGGCAACUUUAUUAAAGAAAUAAAUGGCAAUACAGCAAAACAGCAAUACAGCAGAAUGAUAACAAUCAAAUACUUAAGUUCUUACAGCAGUUCUCGAUUGACUUGCAAAAAUAUAUAUAAUAUCAACAGACGUAAAUAAUGCUUUCUUUGAUAUAGAACAUGCAAUCUUUUCUUGCCGGGAACUUGAGAUUCCCAAUGCUUUUAACACUUUGUAAUUGCCAGAAUACCAUUUUCCUCACACACCCACAGGGAAUCCCUUAAAUUUAGUAUUUUUGGCAUUCGUUAGUUCUUGAAUUUGGUCUUUAAGAUGACAAUAUUUCUUUACUUUUUCUGCUACCGUGUCUGACAAUGAUGUCAAUUUACUUUCAUAUUGAAUUGUCACAUCAAUAGCUAUCGCCUGAUCUCCCUUUAUGAUACGAGAUCAGGCUUAUAUAUUUCAUUUUGUUCAUCUUUUAAUAUAGGCUCCUGGAACGCAAUCCAGUCCUCCUUUUUGGCUUCAGUUAUUGAUAUUUCACAUAACUGAUUAUGUCUUUUGAUGCUAGCAUCUUGUAGUGUGGGGCAAUACCCAAUGAUAUAAGCACAUGUCUCAUUUUCCGCUUUACAGUGUCAACAGGAUUUUAUUUGUGAUUCCUGUCUCCCCCUUGCCAGGAAUUCCCUGGUGGGAUACACAUUAGCUCUUAAUUGCAGUGCAGUGAGGAGUUUUCUGUGAGGGAUACCCCUAUAUCGUUCAAUCCAAUUGUUACUAAUUUUAUCUUAAAGUUGGUAAUACCUCAGCCCUGGGACUGCAACUUGGUCCAAUUUAUAAAUUUCUGGUUUUGCCAGUCAUAUGGUUUAGGAAAAAUAAUUUGGGGGGCUGAUAGCUCCUGUUCUGAAGCUGGUUCCUCUUCGCCUGCUUCCUUAGAUGUUACCCUAAUAGCACUUGGGUCCCCAAUAGAUGGUAUUUUAUUCUUGUCACCUCCAGCUGUUACCCAUAAUUUUUCAAAUUCUUUUUCAAUCCCCUCUUGUUUUACUAUUGAUCUUAUUACUUCAUCUGAGGACUGCACAAUCCUAUGCAGUCUUUGAGCUUGUAUACUGGGGAUCAAAUCUGAGAGUCUCGUGAUGCCUAAACCUCCAUCACGCUAGAAAUAGAGUUUCAAACUGACUCCUAAAGCAUCAGGAGAAGACCCAGCCUCGUCCUCCCUGUGCUCUUUGAGGAUUUCAGCUUCUUGUGGCUUGAUUCUUACAUGGUUGGUCAUGUCCCGUGGUGGUUUGCUCUGGUUAAGAAUCUCUUCCAUCGCACUGGAUUUUUUUUUUUUUUUUCCCAAAUGUGGCAUGUGCUGUUCUCCUCCUGCCAGUAAAAGUUUUGGGUGUUUAACUCCUGUCAGUGAGGCACCUGGAACCUGGCACCCCUGGCAGGUCUCUGAAUGAGCCAGGAAGAGAUGAAGGGCUGGUCCUAUGGAGCACUCCCUCCAGCUGGCUCCAGAGACAUCACAGCCACAGUUUUUCCUCUUGUUCCUUGGUAGUACCGCUCUCCUGCCCCACAAGACACUGCUGCACACAUCUGUUUGGGAAGCAUUUUGUGAUCUCUCUCUUGUCAAUUUUAAGCAGAACUGCCUGGGUUAUUCCACCUACAAAUUUACUUUGCUACCAAUUUAAAUAAUGCAAUAUAGGGGUUUUUUUCCCCCCUUUUUUUCCUGAAUGUUAACAUAACAGGAGAAAGGGGGCAGCAGCCUGGAUCUUGUGGCUGAUGCCGCGCUGUGCUUUUUAAAUCUGACUUUGUGAACUGCAGAUACAAGAGAAGCAGAAUACUUCUAAAACACCUUUUCCCCCCUGAAUGACAUCGGCACGCUUUAGAAAAUAAAACAUGCAGUUGCCUUCACAGCAGCCUCUUGUGAGUUGAGAAUGGGAGGAGUUCUGGAUUCUGGGUCCCUGGGAGCCACUCAUCUCUCAAAAGCCUCUUAAGCCAGAACCUUGAAAAACAGACUCCAGUUUUGGGUGCUGAGCUAGUGAUGCAGCAAGGCCCUCCCUGCUCCCCAGCAACAUCCUGGGAGCUGGUCCUCAGUGAAGUCGGUGAGCUCAGGCUGUGUUCAGGUAACUAGCUGGGUACUUUAAAAAAUAACUCCUCGGUAGAUUGGGGCUUUCCCCUGUUUCAAAUACUCCAUAUGCAAAACACAAUACCUACCUCAAAGAGCUGUUGCCAUGUUUAAUGUGGGAUAUGAGACCUCAAGAGCAAGGACGCUAUGCCGUAGGUACGAAGUGUUGUGCCAUUGUUUACAAUUAAAUAUGGCCACAUGUGAAACCUUUAUUAUUAGUAAUUUCUACAGGUUUGCCCCAUCCUGCUGUUUACUGGCUUCUGUCCCAGUAGGAUGGGGAAAGGCAAACACGGAGCAUGUCACCAGUGGGCACGCACUGAAGGUGGAUGUCAGACUAGACUCGGGGCAAAGCUGGAAUGCAGCACCUGAGUCAUUUGGCCUAAACAUCUUGCCACCUUUCAGCUUUGAAAAGGGCUUUUUUAACUGCUGUGGACAGAAGAGCUUAGCCUUGUGGAGGGACCGAGGGGGGGCUCUAGCCCAGGAAAGUGCAAAAAGCAGCAGUGCUGGCUGCUUUACCACUUCCAUGUGCCAUGGGUUAAGCUGGAAACUGGCACUCUAAUGCACUCCCAGCAGGGAGGCACCAAGAGCUGCGUUGGCUGUUUCUCAGCUUCCUGUACUUGCUGUUGGGGGACGAGUGAUCCUGGCUGUCAUUAUGUGAGGAAAUUCUGAGCGACUGCAGUCGCUUUGGCUGCGCAGAUGGGUGUGCUGCGGAGUUUGAUGCUGCCUCAUUUGCUUCAGUCUUAUGGUUGGCCAGUUUGGUUGUAUCAAUCCCCUUUCAGCAACAGGGAAAAAAAAACAACUUUUAAUAAGAAUUUCUAAUCCCAAUUUGGUUUAUUCAUCAAAAAAAUUUUGAAAAUGCCAUAAUCCAGUCAUCUUAAAUCUGUAAUGCUUACUGCAACUCAGAAUUGCUGGUAGGAAGGGGUGAGCCCAGCUGUCCACUCAACUCAGGUGUGAAGCUGCUAUGUAUUGAUGCAGUAGCUAAGGCCAGCUGUACUAGAGUCAAGAGGAAUCCCUUAUUUCAAAAUGCAUUUUACUAGCUCAUGCUUCCUUAAUACCUGCAAUGUUUAUCCUGUGAGCCAAAUAAUGCAAGAAACAGAGCUAUUAGACUCUUAAGGACUAAAGUUGACAAGCAUUUGUCAAAGAUUCCUGCAUGCUAUUAGCUUUAAUAUUCUUCCAACAUGUUUGUGAUGAUUCUUAUACCUGAUUAUUUCUCUCUUGGAAGGCUAAAUUGGAAUCAUGUGACAUGCAUUAGCUUUUAAUGACAUCAACAUCUACUUCCAAGCUAUUAGUUAUGUAUAUAAGUUAAAUGGGCAUUAAUUUUUUUUAGCAAGCACUUACUUUCUCUCCCUUGCAGCUGUCUUCAUUUUUUACAUAUUGAAGUCCUGAUUUUUCUCAGCCAAAAGACCCCAAACAUUCUUUAAAAGCACACUAGCAAAAUGCAGAGUGCUUUGUAAUGUGUUACAUGACAACAAAUGUACUUAUUUACAGUAUUUGUAGGUUCUGGUAAGAGCUGUACAUUUCUGUAUGUUGGAAAUAAAAAAAAAAUCUCUAAA